AUGAUGGCGUGCCCUUCGUCCAAAACUAGCCUAGUGCAGGCCAACCUCCACCACAGCGAAACUGCGUCGGCUCAAUUACGCAAGUGGUUGGAGGUUCAAAGGACUGCCAUAGCCUUAAUCCAGGAGCCAUGGGUUGGGGCUGGUAAAAUUAAAGGCCUAAACAACCUAAAAGGUAAGUUAUUCUACAGCUCUGAACACGACAAGCCUAGAGCGUGUAUUUACACUACUAAAGAUAUCUGUGCACAACCUUUAACAGAUUUCUGUUCUAGAGACAUGUAUGCCGUAGCAAUACAGUACACACAGGAGAGUAGAUUAGUCGUCGCCUCGGUCUACAUGCCGGAGGAAGACACUCCUCCACCUCAUGACCUCAGCAGGCUGGUGAACUUCUGCGAGAGGACCGGACUAGAGGUUGUGAUCGGGACGGACUCCAACGCACAUCAUCCCCUUUGGGGAAUGGAAAAACCAAAUGAACGAGGUAAAGUUUUAGUUGAAUAUUUAUUUAGUACUAACCUAACCAUUUUAAACAUAGGUUCUGAACCUACUUUCAUAAACAAACGCUGUCGCACUAUAAUCGACCUCACACUUGCAACAGAAGGAGCAGCCAAACUAAUUACGGGAUGGCAUGUGUCGAGAGAGGCCUCAUGCUCAGACCAUAGAUGGAUCUGCUUCGCACUACAGGUCGAUAUCCCCUCUACACCACCAUGGAGAAAUCCCCGCAAGACAGAUAAAACUAAAUACCUAAAUAGGCUGACGUCUUUGCUAGCGGAUUUUGAGGGGAUAAAUACUAUAGCAGAUCAGUCGCUCCUAGAAGAACAGGUAGCAGCUGUUACUAAGGCCAUGAUAGACAGCUACCAUGAAUCAUGUCCAGAAAUCACUCCACCAAGACAUGCCGAGGUAAAACAACCGUGGUGGGGUAAAGAACUCGAUAGAAAACGUAAGAAGGUAAGAAAAGCUCUAAAUAGGGCCAUGAAUACCUCAAUGGAUGAAGACUGGCUAUUAUAUAAGAAAGCUAAGUCUGAAUACAAAAAAUGUAUCAGGUAUCGACGCUCGAUUGGGUGGCGUAAAUUCUGUGGCAACAUAGAAACCUGCAAACAAGCAAAUAGGAUUAGGAAUAUUCUAGCUAAACAGAACACGUCGGGAUCCAUGUCUCUAAAGAAACCCGACGGUAGCUACUCAACAUCGCCGGAUGAAGCCCAACGCAUCCUAAUUGAAACGCACUUCCCAGGUUGCUGCGUAACCCAGGAGGCAAACCGGCAUGACGACAUACUGACAUCAACAGCAGAAGACUGGAAUUUAGCACAGAGAGUGGUAACGAUGGACAAAAUCCAUUGGGCCAUUCACAGUUUCCUCCCCUAUAAGGCGGCAGGACCCGACGGCAUAUUCCCGGCACUCCUACAGUGGGGGGGUAAAGCCCUAAUAGUCAGACUUGCUGCCAUAAUGCGAGCCUGUCUUGCUCUUAAAUAUGUUCCUAGGGGAUGGAGGGAAGUGAAAGUUACAUUCAUACCCAAACCAGGUAAGAGCGACUACACUGACCCUAAAUCCUACAGGCCCAUUAGCCUCACAUCCUUUCUCCUAAAGACGAUGGAGAGGAUGUGUGAAAGGGAAUUAAGGGGGUCGGCGCUAAUGAACUUACCACUACACGACAAGCAACACGCCUACAGUCAAGGCAAAUCAACAGAAUCGGCCCUUCAUAAGGUAAUUACAAAGAUUGAAGAGGCCAUCCAAAACAAAGAAAUAUGUCUAGGUUCCUUCAUAGAUAUAGAAGGUGCUUUUGACCGAACGAACUUCUCCAGCAUAAAAGGUGCACUCGGUAGACACAAAGUUGAACCGGCACUGAUCGACUGGAUAGUUUACAUGCUCAGUACACGAAUAAUAAAGAUUGCUGGUGAAUCUCAACCAAUCCAAAUUAAGAAAGGCUGCCCGCAGGGUGGGGUUCUCUCACCUCUCCUGUGGAAUAUGGUCAUUAAUGAACUCAUCAGCAAAUUAAAUGACAAUCACUUCUAUACAGUAGGUUAUGCUGAUGACCUGACAAUACUGGUCUCUGGAAAGACAGCAAGCAUAGUGUGCGACCUGACCCAAGCGGCUCUCCGUAUAGUGGAGAGAUGGUGCAGGGAACACGACUUAACUGUCAAUCCAAAUAAAACGGUUUUAGUUAUGUUCACACAAAAACGAAAGCUGAAUAACUAUCAUCCUCCAAGUCUUUUUAGCACAAAACUCCAGCUAUCCUCUGAGGUAAAAUAUUUAGGUCUUACCUUGGACAGCAAACUUAACUGGAAUAAACACAUAGAAAACAAAAUCAACAAAGCUAGUAUAACUUUCUGGCAAUGCAGAAACAUGAUUGGCAAAAGAUGGGGAUUGACGCCAAAAAUCAUACUGUGGCUUUACAAAACUGUAAUUCGGCCCAUGAUCACAUACGGCGCUCUGGUAUGGUGGACCAAGACAAAUGAAGCCACCAUAAUUAAAAAGCUUCAGCGCUACCAGAGACUGGCAUGUAUGGCUGCUACAGGCUGCAUGAGAACUACGCCAACAGCAGCCUUAGAAGCGAUGCUGGAGCUAACUCCGCUUCAUCUACAUAUACAACAAGAAGCGACUUUAGCUGCCAUCAGACUCAAGACCCUAAAUCUUUGGAGUAAGAAUAGUGUCCCUCAUACAGGCAUAAUUGAUAGAAUUCACUCAAAAAUUCCUAUCCUACAAGCCAAAUACGAUAGGAUUCCUAAACAAUUUGUUUUCGAUAAGAAAUACAAGAUACAGUUAAAUGAAAACAGCCAGCCGGAAGGAUUAAGCCCAAAAGAGCUUAGAAUUUUCACCGAUGGUUCUAAAACAAAUGAAGGUGUAGGUUGUGGAGCUUUCUCUGAAGACCUCAAUAUUCACAUAUGCACACCGCUGGGUACCUAUAACACGGUCUUUCAGGCGGAAUGUAUGGGUAUCAUUCAAGCGGCCAUAGCAAUAGAUGCUAGGAAGGUUAAUGACUUCCCCAUCAGAAUACUGACCGACAGUAGGGCGGUACUCCAAGCCCUGAGAUGCAAUGUGGUGAACUCGGGACUAAUAUAUGAAUGCCAUCAACGAUUAAAUGAGGUAUGUAAAAACAACAAUGUGACCCUGCAAUGGAUAAAGGGACACAGUGGAUCCAGAGGCAACGAUGCAGCAGACGAACUUGCCAGAAGAGGAUCGGCUUUGGCCACUAUAGGGCCGGAACCGAUCAUACCAAUCCCCUUUGGUAACGUUUGUUCACUGGUACGUAGACACUUUACUAAUCAACACGCUCAGCUUUGGAAAAAUCUAGUAGACUGUAGACAAGCUAGGGAUGCCCUGCCUGAAAUUAACAGUCGCUUAACAAAAGUUUUAAUGAGACUGAACAAGCCGCAGAUUAGGAUAGUAACAAGUGCUAUCACAGGACACGGCACCUUUAACAAACAUUUAUUUACUAUAGGUGUUACAGAUAGUCCCCUGUGCAGGGCAUGUAUGGGGGAGGAAGAAACGGCGGCCCACGUGCUACUGAAAUGUCCGGAGGUCGCUACAUACAGGGCUAAACAUCUCGGCACGCCGGGAUCACUCCCCGAAGUUGCAUGCAACAUCAAGGGCCUGUUGAGCUUCUUCGGAGAGAUCUCAUGGCUCGAAUAA